AGUCUGCUUCAGAAGCAAUUUUUUCCUUCGUCGGCCGCCGUAGCAGCUUCCGGCGAAAUGGCGCCACGUGACCCAAACAGAGGGGGAGGCGAACUAGAGAGCCGCCUGGGCCGCUUCCGGUGUGGCUGCGAGAGAGAGAGUGUCUUUGGGAAAAUACCAGCUGUGGUUGUGGCUACAGAGACCAUGGAGGCCACUGCAUUGGAAAGUCUAAUUGAAAUGGGCUUCCCCCAAAACAGAGCUGAGAAGGCUCUAGCACUGACGGGAAACCAGGGCAUCGAAUCAGCAAUGGAUUGGCUUAUGGAGCACGAAAAUGAUCCUGACCUUGAUGAGCCAUAUGUACCACCCCAGAACCACGUACAGAGUACAGAAGAGACUCCUGAGGGAAGGAUGCCUGAGCUGGUGCAAAGUAGAUCAGACCCUGCGUUAAAGGAAAUGACUGAGGAAGAUAACAGACGCCCUCUGAGUGAAGAAGAGAAACGGGAGCAGACAAAGAGGAUGAUGGAGUUGAUCUCUCAGAAACAGCGGGAACGUGAGGAACGGGAGAAACGGGAGAGCAUUGAGCGGGAGAAGCAACGCCGGAAGCAGGGCCAAGAACUCUCUGUCAUCCGCCAGAAGCUGCAAGAGGAUGAGAUGAAAAAGCUGGCAGAAGAGAGGCGCAGGGAGAAGUUGGAGGAGAAGUUAGCCAAGCAGCGGGUGAGAGAGAAGAUUGAACGAGACAAAGCUGAACGAGCAAAGAAGUUUGGCAGUGGCUCUUCCCAAGCAUCCAUACCACUGGAGCCAACAGCUCCCACAUCGGUUCCCUCCUCGCCCAGCCAGGAGCCCCCUGUCAAACGAGAGUAUGACCAGUGCAGGAUACAGGUAAGACUGUUAGAUGGCACAUCCCUUACUCAAACAUUCAGAGCCAAAGAACAGCUGGCAGCUGUCCGGCUUUACGUGGAACUGAACCGCAAAGAUGAUGCUGAGGAGCCUUUCAUCCUUCUCACGGGCUUCCCUCGUCGGGUCUUCACUGAAGAAGACAUGGAGAAGCCCCUGCAGGAGUUGGGUCUGGUGCCUUCAGCUGUGUUGAUUGUGGCUAGGAAGGGCAACAGCUGAACUGCUGUUCUACCUCUCUCAGCAUGGUCUCAGCCCUCCCUCCCUUUUUGCUGCUCACCUUUCAUUGUGGUCCAUCUCUGGCUGCCAUACCACAGCAUCCUUGGUUUCCUACACAGCUCUGAUUGCAGAGACUCUGGAGCAUCUCUUGGGCUGGGAUUCAGAAUCCAUGAUAACGGAUGGGUGAGAGGUGGGGUUCUCCACUGCCUCUUUGUGUGGAAUGGCAGGCUUGAAAUCUGACCCCCCCACCAUGACCCACUAUGAAAUAAAUUUCUUCCUUCUCUUU